CGGCCGCUGCCGCCGAGCGAGAGAGACAUGGCUAAAAGCCUCUCCUGGGAACUCGGUGUCUGCACGGGUUAAGGCGUGUGGUGGGUGAGGUGGAAAAGUUGCUGUUGGAUUUCACUUCAAGGGACCGCACAGAAAGCGGCGAAAUGGAUGACUUCCCCUCCAUCUGCCUGCUGUCCCUGGCCAUGCUGGUCGCCUGCUAUGUGGCAGGAAUUAUACCCUUAGCAGUUAAUUUUUCUGAGGAGAGAUUGAAGUUGGUGACUGUUCUGGGUGCUGGGCUGCUGUGUGGAACUGCCUUGGCUGUCAUUGUACCAGAAGGAGUACAUGCACUUUAUGAAGACAUUUUGGAGGGAAAGCAUCACCCAGCAAGUGAGAUGCAGCACGUGAUGGAGUCUGAGAAGGUGGCGAAAAUCCCAGCGGUACAUGAGCAUGGCCACGACCAUUCCAGAUUGCACGCCUACAUUGGUGUGUCCCUUGUCCUUGGCUUUGUCUUCAUGCUGUUGGUGGAUCAGAUAGGCAGCUCUCAUGUGCACACUACAGAUGAUCCAGAAGCUGCAAGAUCAGGCAACUCCAAAAUCACCACAACACUGGGACUAGUAGUCCAUGCUGCAGCUGAUGGUGUUGCAUUGGGUGCAGCAGCUUCUACUUCUCAGACUACUGUCCAGUUGAUAGUGUUUGUUGCGAUUAUGUUACACAAGGCACCAGCUGCCUUUGGCCUGGUUUCCUUCCUGAUGCACGCUGGGCUAGAACGGAAUCGAAUCAGAAAACACUUGCUGGUCUUUGCCUUAGCAGCACCUGUUAUGUCCAUGGUGACAUACUUAGGGCUAAGCAAGAGCAGCAAAGAAGCCCUUUCAGAAGUCAAUGCCACUGGAGUUUCUUUUCUGUUCACAGUUCAUGUUCUCCCAGAAGUAGGAGGAAUUGCUCAUAGCCACAAACCUGAAUCAACUGGAGGAAAAGGACUCAGUCGUCUGGAGGUGGCAGCCCUAGUAUUAGGAUGCCUUAUUCCUCUAGUUUUGUCUAUUGGACACCAUCACUAAACGCUCAAACUUCACUGUUCUCCUCCUCGACAAGACAUGAGCAGUAACUGUCUGCUGCUCCCUUUAUCAUUCUUUUACCCAUCAUUCAUCCCAUCCACUUUAUGGAGUUCAGAGGGAAUCUUGAUUGCAAAAUGAGGAAUACCGGGGAAGUUUUUAGUGUAGCAAAAUGUACUUUGGCAGCCGGACGCAAAUUCUAUGUAACUUCCUUUUCUGAAGACAUUUGCUCUUUUAAUUGUUACUUCUGGCCCUAUUCUCAGGGAAGAUGGAACUUGAGGUUUAAGAGAGGUGAGCAAGGAAGAACAUAGCAACUCAUCAUGAAAUUGCAAUCACCAAAGUAUCCUGCAGUUCAGCUUUCACAGCUGAGAGCAAACCCCAAGGAUAGCUGCGUUGUGAAGGGUUGAAGUCUCACUAAUGAAGAAGGGGUCUCUCCCCCAUCGGUUCUGCGUUGUCCAUUGGCAAUGACUGGCCCUUGUGAUGCUUGUCACUAAGUGUAUUGUAGAAAUGGGCAACCCUGGGAGCUCUGCAUAACAUGGCUAUUGUCACAGAAGUGUCACUUGAUAGGAAAGAAAUUAUGUAGACAAUGUGUAGGAUUAGAGGAAGAAAUCAGCUGGUUAAGAAAGUGCAAAUGAGUCUUGCAGUGUAUUCCAUUGUUUAAGACAAAGGAUAGAAGCAAGGAGAAUAGUGUUUUGAUUGGUUUUUCAAUUGUUAAUAAAUUCUUAAAAGGCACUGUUUCUUGGGAGAUAGUCUUCUGCCAAGUCACUCAAGUGUUAAGCGCCAAAAAUGUCGGCAGGAAUUAUGUAUUGGCUACUGUGAUACACUACUGCUUCUGUUGAGAGAGAUACCCCUAGUUCCCUUUGAAAUAGAGCUGUUCUGGGCUCUGAGGAGUAGAAAUCUGAUGGAGACAGCUGUUGAGGGACCAGAGAACUUUACUAGCUCAUUUUCAAAAACCUGAACUGCUGAAAUCAGUGGAGAGCUGUGUGGGUUUUUCUACUAAAUAAAGGUAUUAUGGCUAACAAAACAAGAUGUUAACUAAUAAAUAUUUAGUUAAAUAUUUAUGAUGCAGGUAGAAUGUGAAGUGUUUCUAAAGCAGUUCUGAACAAAAAACUCUAAAACCCACAAAUAAAAAACCAAACUGCUGGGUUCCCGGUGGACCUGUUAGACAUACUGCUUUUCCUUUG